AUGACAUCUCUCCAUCAUUGGAGUCUGGCAGAGAAGGAAGGCAGGCAGGCCGGCCUUCCCUUGCCAUCAGCCCCACAGCCCCCACCUUUCCCCAUCAAUUAGCACCAUUAGCUCCCCAGCCAGAACUUCAGGAGCAGCCCCGCGUCCGGCCACGGCUGGAACGCUGUGGCCAAGCAGCCCAGCUGGAAGCAGAGCAAGAGUGGCAGCAUCAGCCCCUUCCUCGGGAGGCCCUUCUCGCCGCUGCCCUCCGACUACCGGGACAGCUACCGGCGGGCGCAGCUCCAGGCGCUGCUGUCGCAGGUGGGCCCCGCGCUGGCGCCGCAGCCGCCCCGGGCCAGCACGAAGGACGCGGCGGUGCAGGUGAGCCUGCGGGCCGACGUGGCCGUGCAGUGCUCGCUGGGGCCGCGCACGCUGCCGCCCGCCCGCGCCUUCAGCCCCGCGGGCCGGCGCGCCCCGGGCCGCCUCGCCCUCUACUCACCCGCGCCCGAGCGCUGCCUCUUCGCGCCGCUCAGCACCGCGCCGCUCCCGGAGAAGGCAGCCCCGGCCGAGGAGACCCCGACGGCGGACGGCGGCGAGGAGCAGCAGCAGGGCCCGGCGGGGGCCGCGCUGCCGCCGCGCCAGGAGCCGGUGGGGACGCGGCGGGAGGAGACCGCGGCUCCUAGGCAGAGAGGUGCCUUCCAGUUCUUGGAGCAGAAGUAUGGCUAUUUCCACUGCAAAGACUGCAAGACCAGAUGGGAGAGUGCUUAUGUGUGGUGCAUUUCUGGAAGCAACAAGGUGUACUUCAAGCAGCUCUGUCGCAAAUGCCAAAAGGGCUUCAAUCCCUAUCGAGUGGAAACCAUCCAGUGCCAGCUCUGUUCCAAGACUCGUUGCUCUUGCCCUCAGAGGAAGAGACAUAUUGAUCUCAAGAGACCUCAUCGCCAAGAACUCUGUGGCCGCUGCAAGGGCAAAAGGCUGUCCUGUGAUAGCACUUACAGCUUCAAAUAUGUUGUCUGAUCCAUGCCCCGUUUUGUGUUUUGUGCUUUGCACUUUGUCUAUUGCAAUGUUUUGACUUAAGGCUUUUGACCUGGCAUUGGAUAAUGGAUGAAGACUUUGGUGUUAUUGUAAAGUAUAAUAACUUAAAGUAUGUAAUUUCACUGUAUAUAGGCUGUAAAUGAAGUUCAAUAAAAGUCUGCACUAGUUUGA